AUGAAGCUGCUGUGCCUACACUUCCAUGGCUGCUUCCUGCUGACUCUGCUCGGCUUAUGGAGAACAAACCCUGAGGCUCACGCUUCAUCCGAGGAGACGCCAGCCAUCAGUGCUGCCUCUUUCCUGCAGGACCUCAUGCAUCGUUAUGGUGAGGGGGACAGCCUCACUCUACAGCAGCUGAAAGCCCUACUCAACCACCUAGAUGUGGGAGUGGGCCGGGAGAACAUCACUCAGCCUGAACAGGAGCAGAGGAACCUUUCAAGGUGCUUCAGUUCUGGAGGCCUCUUUGCUGCCCACAACCUUACCAACCAGUCACGGAUUGGGAGGAGUGAGUUCCAGGAGUUCUGCCCCACCAUUCUCCAGCAGCUGGAUUCCAAAGCCUGCACCUCUGAGAACCAGGAAAAUGAGGAGAAUGAGCAGACGGAAGAGGGGAAGCCAAGCUCCCUGGAAGUGUGGGGAUACGGUCUUCUCUGUGUGACCGUCAUCUCCCUCUGCUCCCUCAUGGGGGCCAGCGUGGUACCCUUCAUGAAGAAGACUUUUUACAAGAGGCUGCUGCUCUACUUCAUAGCUCUGGCGAUUGGAACCCUCUACUCCAAUGCCCUCUUCCAGCUCAUCCCCGAGGCUUUUGGUUUCAACCCUAUAGAAAAUUAUUAUGUCUCGAAGUCUGCAGUGGUGUUUGGGGGCUUUUAUCUCUUCUUUUUCACAGAGAAGAUCUUGAAGAUGCUUCUUAAACAGAAAAAUGAGCAUCAUGGACAUAGCCAUUAUGCCUCUGAGACUCUUCCUUCUAAGAAGGACCAGGAAGAGGGUGUGACAGAGAAGUUGCAGAAUGGGGAUCUGGACCACAUGAUUCCUCAACACCGGGACAGCGAGUUGGAUGGCAAGACCCCCGUGAUGGAUGAGAAAGUCAUUGUGGGCUCACUCUCUGUCCAGGACCUGCAGGCUUCCCAGAGCGCAUGUUACUGGCUAAAAGGUGUCCGCUACUCUGAUAUUGGCACUUUGGCAUGGAUGAUCACCCUGAGCGAUGGCCUCCACAAUUUCAUUGAUGGCCUGGCCAUUGGUGCCUCCUUCACCGUGUCUGUUUUCCAAGGCAUCAGCACCUCAGUGGCAAUCCUCUGUGAGGAAUUUCCACAUGAGCUGGGAGACUUUGUAAUCCUGCUCAAUGCUGGGAUGAGUAUCCAGCAAGCUCUCUUUUUCAACUUCCUUUCUGCCUGCUGUUGUUACUUGGGCCUGGCAUUUGGGAUCCUGGCUGGUAGUCACUUCUCUGCCAAUUGGAUCUUUGCACUGGCUGGAGGAAUGUUCUUAUAUAUUGCCCUGGCUGAUAUGUUCCCUGAGAUGAACGAGGUCAGCCAAGAAGAUGAGAGGAAGGGCAGUGUCUUGGUCUCCUUUGCCAUCCAGAACCUGGGCCUCUUGACUGGAUUCACGAUCAUGCUGCUCCUCACCAUGUAUUCAGGGCAGAUCCAGAUUGGGUAG